AUGCAUCUCUUAAAACCACUUCACAAUAAUUUUCUUUCCUUUGAGGGAGCUACUUCACACGAUAUACUAACAGGGAAGGAUGUAUUAUACUACCAUUGUAUCAUUAUAUUAGACACGUCUGCCUUUCUUUCUUUAGUUCGUUCUUUUACGGAUGGCGUUAUGUUCAUCCUUUUCUUCACCGUUUUAUUUCUUUUCAUUCUUCCACUGCCCGUUUUAUUUUCUUUCUUUCUUUCACUAAUUGAUUUCUUCCACUGCUUACAUUUCCUUCUUUCUUUCUUUCUUUCUUUCUUUCUUUCUUUCUUUCUUUCUUUCUUUCUUUCUCUUCAUCAUCCUUUUUCAUCUUUCCACUACUUGCUUUAUUUUCUUUCUUUCUUCUUUUUACUUUCUUUCACUUAUUGCUUUCUUCUCUUUCUUUCACUGCCUCCUUUUUUUCUUUAUUUACUGAUUGAUUUCUUUACUUUUUCAUUGCUUUCUUUUUUCUUUCAUUGCUUGCUUUAUUCACUUCCUUCCCUCAUUUCUUUCACUGCUUGCUUUCUUUCCUUUCUUUUUCACUUCUUUCUUUCUUUCUUUCUUUCUUUCUUUCUUUCUUUCUUUCUUUCUUUCUUUCUUUCGUUAGUUUGUCACUCUUUAUUUCAUUUCUUUCUUUCCUUCAUUAGUUUAUUUCUCUUUCUUUCUUUCUUUCUUUCUUUCUUAGAAAAUCAACAUCCGAAAUAUUCCUUGCCUGAGAUCGAAUGCCAAAUUCAGAUGGCGACAGAAAAAAAGUACCAAUUCCAAGCAUAA